AUGACAAUCACAAGCCGAAUAGCUACUGUCUCGGCGGUAGCUCUUGUCUGUGCCUUGUACCUCUACUCGAAGAGACCACAAGUGGAAGACGGUCCUCCUCGAAAGAAGAAGAAUAUCGCUCAACUGAUUGGAAACACUCCUUUGGUAAAGGUCCAGUCUCUUUCAAGACUGACCGGCUGCGAAAUCUACGCGAAACUAGAGCUUGCCAAUCCAGGUGGCUCUGCUAAAGACAGAGUUGCACUGGCUAUCAUAGAAGACUUUGAGGCUAGGGGAUUACUUAGGCCCGGAAGGGGCGAUGUGGUAUUUGAGGGAACUUCAGGUUCAACAGGGAUCUCGUUUGCGAUGUUAUGUAAUGCUCUUGGAUAUACGGCACACAUAUCGCUGCCAGACGACACCUCCAACGAGAAGCUUCAACUGUUGGAGUCGUAUGGUGCGAUUCUUCAAAAAGUCAAACCGGCUUCAAUUGUUGACCCAGAUCAAUAUGUGAACUCAGCUAGGCGUUCUGCAGAAGCCUUGUCGAAGGAUCCCAGCACACAGGCAAUGGGUGUGUUUGCAGACCAGUUUGAAAAUGACCAGAAUUGGAGAGUGCAUUACCGCACCACGGGUCCCGAGAUAUGGGACCAAAUGGAGGAAAACAUCGAUAUAUUUGUUACGGGAUCCGGUACUGGAGGCACAAUUGCAGGCUGUGGCAAGUUUCUGAAGGAGAAAAAUGCCAAUAUGGUCUGCAUUCUUGCGGAUCCCCAAGGCUCUGGUCUCUUCAACAGAGUCAACCACGGAGUCAUGUAUGACUCAGUCGAGAGAGAAGGAAGUCGCAGAAGGCACCAGGUUGACACGAUAAUAGAAGGAAUUGGGCUCAACCGCCUCACUCACAACUUCAAGAUUGGAGAAAAGCUGAUUGACUACUCCAUCAGGGUCGCAGAUGUACAGGCCGUGCGAAUGGCCAAGUUUCUUAGUAUCAACGAUGGUUUAUUCCUGGGGUCUAGCAGUUGCAUAAAUGCUGUGGCCGCAGUUCAGGCAGCUCAGAAUGCACAAAAGGGUUCCAAGAUUGUGAUGAUAGCAUGUGAUUCUGGUAGCAGACAUUUGUCCAAGUUCUGGAAACAGGCUUCAGAGGUAUCCAGAGAUGUCACCCUGGAAGAGGUGAUGAGCGUUAGUUAG